AUGACAAUGUAUGAAGUCUACCAAAUGGCGCAAGCGAAAUUCAAGGAGCUGGGCAUAAACAGUGUUCCACAGGUUGUUAUGAAUGUCAAACAAAAGAGAGACGUUCCUGAGGCUUUGUCGAAAGAUGUCCAUCCAGGUACUAUCACAAAACCUGUUUUCGAAAAUCAAGUUGCUGCGAUCUUUCUGUGUAAGCAUGGUAAUAUGCCGACUCAUGAUGAACUUGACGAAGUUACUUAUAAUGUCGAUGCGUUCAGUUACGCUCUUCUUUUUCCUCGUGGAGAACAAAGUUAUGUUAAGGAACGUUUACCCAAAGUGUUCAAGGCGAAGAAGAAGGAUAAGAGAUUGAAUGUUGAUGGUAGCGCUUUGUGUGUUUCAGCAUUCGGAGACGAAGAGGGAGUGAACGGAGAUAGUUCCGAUGAUUCAGAAGCGGUAGAGAAGAGCAAUGGUGGAGAUGUAGAAAAUACUCGAGUGGAAAGUGGCAAACGAAAAUAUAUAUCGCGACGAGAGUUUGUACUUUAUAUCAUGGCUCGCAGGCAAAAUCUACAAAAACAUCGAAUUUUAGGAAAUGGUCUCAGAAUGCAGUAUUCGAAAGGGAUGGCUAUUGCGCUAAGGAUGGGAAAACCCGAUCUCUUUAUCACUUUCACAGGCAAUAGCGAAUGGUCAGAAAUUAAAGAAAAUUUACCAGGGAAGUUUGAUAGCUGGAUUACGGAUCCUUUGUUAUGUGUGCGAGUGUUUUACAAUAAGCUCAGACAGCUUAUGAAAGAUUUGAAGGAAGGUAAAGUUUUUGGGGAGGUGUUGGCGUACCAGGUGUCAGUUGAAUUUCAACAGCGAGGUAUGCCACAUGCACAUAUCCUUGUCACAUUGUCGAAAAAAUUUAUGGACCCAGAGGAUGUUGACAGAUGCAUCUCUGCCACUAUUCCUCCAGCUCCCAGAAAGGAUGAGGAUGAAUAUGAUGGAAAACGAAGAUUACGUGAGUAUGUAGCAAAAUUUAUGAUACAUGGUCCAUGCGUUGGACGAAAAGACGCUUCCCUAAAGAAUUUCGCGAUGAGACUGAGAUAUCUGAGAAUGGAUAUUCGCUAUAUAAGCGUCCAAAUGACGGUAGCUUUGCUGUGGGCCGUUUAA